CUACUUCCUGGUGUAAACCUCGGACAUGAUCAAUGGCUCAUCUCAACUUUGCGCUGUUUAAAUGUUGUAAAUAUUAUCGGAAAUGAAUGCUUGCAUAACCUUCUCAAAACUCAACUUGAACUGCUCUUUAUAAACGUUCUUUAGGCAGAAGUUAACAAUGACAGAUGCAAACAAACCUCAACGCAAGCUGUCCAGAGCCGGAGACAGUUUAUAUAAGACAUUAGGCCUGGAGAAAGGAGCUUCAUCUGAAGAGAUUAAGAAGGCAUACAGGAAACUGGCGCUGAGGUAUCACCCAGACAAGAACCCCAAUAACCCCGAAGCGUCUGAGAAGUUCAAAGAGAUCAACAAUGCCAACACCAUCCUCAACGAUGAGCCUAAACGACAGAUCUAUGACGAGUACGGAUCCAUGGGCCUCUACGUUGCAGAACAGUUUGGAGAGGACAGCGUUAAAUAUUAUUUCCUCAUGUCCAAGUGCUGGUUCAAGACUCUGCUUGCAUUGGGAAUGCUCUGCACCUGCUGCUGUUGCUUUUGCUGCUGUUGUUUCUGCUGUGGAAAAUGUGGCGGUCCAGAGAACGAAAACAACUUUGAAGACAACUUUCAGUAUGUGGAUCCGGAUGAACUUGCGGCGGAGAUGACAGAGGAACAGAACUCAGGCAACGGCACAGUUAUCAUUGGACAGCCAAUUCCCUGUCCAGCCCCUGGAGAUUCAGAACACACUGUGAUUGUUGGAAUGCCCAUUCCUGCCCAUAGCACUGGAAACUCAGAUGGAGACAGUGUUAUACUGAUAACUUCAGACACACGUGUGGAGAUGGCAAGAUACUAGUCAGCCUACAAACAACAAGCCUAUAGACUUGUUCAAGGGAUAGUUCACCCCCCAAAAAAUAUUCUGUCAUUAUUUAUUCACCCUCAUGUUUUGUCCUAAUCUGUAUGACUUUCUUCUGUGGAACACAAAAGGAGAUGUUUGGCAGAAUGGCAACCUCAGUCACCAUUUCCAAACGAAACAACAACAAAAAAAAAACACAACAAAUGAUGCAAUGAAAGUGAGUGUUGAAUGAGGCUGGGUGAACUAUACAUUGUUGAACACUGACACAUCCCUGUAAAGUGCUUGUUUUCAGCAUGAGGCGUGUAGAAAUGUUAUCCCGGUGAGGACACUGCUGUUCAAUUGUACUUCAGUGGUUUGUGGUACACAGUGUCUGUGCAAUACGUGUGGCUCAUUUUAUCUCAAUAAUGCAGUUUAUGUUUACAUAAUUUUAUAAUUGCAUAUGUUUGCUUGAAUUGCAGAGACACUAUAUUUUUCUAAUACUUCAUAAUGAGGGAAAUAAACCUCUAUAAAUUAGUGUUUCUCAACUGAUGGGUUGCACGUAUGCUCUGACAAACCGCAGGGAAAGAUACACUGCUAAAUGCAAAUAAUAAAAUGCAAAUACCUAUUUAAAUGUGCAUAGUUGGAACAGCAAAUUGAAUAGCCUUUUUUUUACAAGGCAGGAGAAAAUACCCAUAUCUUUUGUUGUUGACAUCCAUGAUCCUGCAUCCAAUCAAACUCUACAGUAUUUUGGCACAGUACAUUUGUGUUUAGUAAUAUAAUGGCAUUUUCCACUGCAUGUUACGGUUCGACCUGCUUUACUUUUCUGAGCUUGAAUAUCCACUGCAGUUUAGUGCCGCCUCAACGUGGGCGCGAUCAUCUUAUACAAGACACAAACUGACCAAAACAAUAACACGACCGCUAGCUGUUAGCUACUAGCUCAUUGUGCUGGAUAAGGCAGAUGCUGCAUGGUGAUUUUACACAAGUGUAACAGUUAAAUUGGCCUGGUUGUUUUAGAAGCUUUCCAGUAGCUGGUCAACUAAAUAAAGUGAAGCUUUCAAGCAGAGUAUAGAGUUAACAUAACAAAACGUACCAUCCUCCACCGUGGCUGCAUCCAGGGCACUCUCCCUCCCAUUGCUCACCGGUCUAGAUGGUGUCCAUUUGGUUGAACCACUUCCACUUUUCCUUGAUGGUUCUGUAGUCACUUUUAAGCUUUUUAACUUUUCCCUACACUGUUGAGUAGGUCCGGUGGUAGCCGUGUGCGGCCAACAGCUGAGACACUUCCUGAGAGACUUUAUCGUUUCACACGUCGCUAACGAGUGGACCGUCUGCAUCUCGUUUAUUGACCAUGGCGUGGUUUUGCGCACAGCCAUUUCUUUUUUCACAAUUCAAAAUUUGCGUGAACAAAUGAUACCGCUAUCGCUGUUGCUAACUUUAAAACUAGCGGGUUGAUGUCAAGUGUUGUAAAUCCAGUGACGCUGGUAGUGACAUCAUUACAUCACUCAGUGAUCUUCAGGAUUUUGACAUCACAUUUAGUAUCGGCUCGGCUCGCUUGGAACCUCGAUCGAGGUGGUACUAAAAGGUACUCAGGUACCAGGUACAAUCCACAGUGGAAAACCCCCCAAAAAGCGAACAGAGUCGAGUUGUACCGUGCAGUGGAAAAGCCCCAUAAUACUAAUACAACAUCUAACUAGCCCAUGAUUUGUUCCAUUUGCUAGAUUGUCAAUUUUCCCAUUCCACCGGGACUAUACGGUCGCCAAUACAAAUUAAUUUUAAUGUUAUGAAUUUAAUGUUUUUUAAGGGCAUUUUUGUUUACUGUACUUAUCGCCAUUUGACGUCCACUGUAAAAUCUGGUUAAAAUAAAACCAGUUGAGAACCACUGAUCUAAAAGGAAAAUAAUGAUUUCAUAUGCUCUGUAAACCAUAAUUACAGGCCAAUUUUCAUAAUCUGUGAUAUUAGUUUGUUUUGUGUGCCAAAUGUCUAAACUGCACAACAGUUCCUGUUGAUAGUUCACCAAAAAUGAAAAUAGUGUCAUUAUUCACCCUCAUGUUGUUACAAACCCUUAUGAAACUCUUUCCACCGCAGAACACAAAAGGAGAUGAUGUCACCAUUCACUUUCAUUGUGUGGAAAAAGAUGCAAAUAAAGUGAAUGGUAACUGAGAAAUGUCCUUUAGAGUUUUGUGGAGGAAAAUAACUUGUACAGGUUUGGAUAACAAAAAAUUAUAAUUUUUUUAGUUUUGACAGGAUUGAUUUAAUGUACCAUGAUGUUGAUUUUUUCAUGUUCAAAUGAAGUUAGAGAUGUUUAUACAUAUGGAAUGCAUAUAAAUUAUUACAGCCUCAUGAUCACGAGUGAUUCUUUAAUUGCAUCAUGCAGCGUCUGAUAAUUUAAAUGGUAAUUUACAGAUUAGUCUUUUGUUGCUAAUGUGAUGGUAAUAUUUCUCAGGAAUUGUUUUGAUGUAUCUUCUGUAUAAGUUUAUCUGUAUUUAUUUUUGCGUAUAAUUGAAAUAGUUGGCGUUGGCAACUUACUGCAACUGCUGCUGUGAUAUUAAUUUGGAAUUAUGAAAAAUAAAUAUAGUUAAUUACUGUAUCAACUCAACUUUUGAAUAUGAAUUUCUACAUUUAUCCAUGUGAACUACACACACACACACACACACACACACACACACACACACAUUUCAGAAUGAGUUAGAAUAUCAGUAUUUUAGAAUAAUAAAAAAAUUAUAAUGCACUAUGAAAUAAUGCAAAUGGGAGUAUGGGAAUUAUGUUGUGUUUAAACAAUGAUAAGAAGUGUUUCUAGAUAGUCUCAUUGGCACAAUUUACAGUAUCUCACAAAAGUGA